AAUCACAAUGUCCGUAAACCACGUUUGUCGCUUCAAGGGAGACAAUUCAGGACGGCCAAUAUUUCGUGGAAUUGAAAUCCAGACAUUUCUAUGUGAUUUGCUCGCCAUAAACUGUAAAACUCUAUAGAAAGUCCCUAGAUUCAUAGAAUUGAUAUGAAUUAAAGUUUAUUGAAAGUCCACAAAAGAAGUUGUCUUGAAGUUUGGGACAGUCAUUGAGUAAACGAAUAGAUGCUCAAAUCUUUAAUGAAAUUAUUGUUAUAAUUCUCAACCGGUUGUAAGAGGUAUCGACUAACUAAACUGGUGGGAAGACUGUUGAUGACUUACUGAGAAGGUAGGGCUUUAAUGUAAGACAAGUUCCUUUUCUUGUCUAGCUGUAAACAUUUUCCUUCCAGUAACUUAUAGGAGAAAAAUCUUUUUGGGUGGUUAUCAAAACUUCAGACAUGGAUUUCUUUCCAAAGAAAAAUACUGGUUCGUAUCGGUGUGAGGUAUGCGACGUUACUGUGAACUCGGAGGUACAAUUGGUGCAGCAUCGAACAGGGAAAACACAUUUACGUAAAAUGCGUUCAGAUUUACCGGCUGAUGAAGCAGGUAGAGGAUUUCGUGGCAAAGAUGAGGAAGAGAUGGACCCCAUUACACAGGCUGUAGUCAACAAUGCUUUGGGUAAAUUAGCAACCAAGCGGAAAGCAACCCCAAAAAAAUGGAUCUACGUGGCCGGUUUCAGAUUUCGCAGAAGGAAAAAGAAAAAGUCAAAUGUUAACAAUUCUGACAAUACAACGACAGCUCAGGUAACUUGCAGCCAUUGUAACCGGACCUUUAACUCAGAAGCCCAAGCUGCUCAGCAUUAUAAUGGAUUGCGGCAUGCAAAGAAAGUAAAGAUGGUGGAGAAUACAAAGAAUAUGGAGACAGAUGAGGAUUCUCCUGAUAGAGACACUAAUGGAGAAGAUUUAGGGAAAAAAUUAGGUUUGUUUUUCUGUAGCUUAUGUAACAUUUCUGUGAACUCUAUGCAACAGUUGGAAGCUCAUAAGAGUGGCAAUAAGCAUGGAAAUAAAAUGCAGAAAUUAGAUGGCAAAUGUCUUGAUGACAAAGAUGGAGACUCUCUAGAGUGCAAAGAUGAUGACUAACACUUGAGUUUUGCCUGGUUUCAUAUGCCUCAUGUUGGCACAUUGGAGAUGGGUACUGUCUUCAUCUAUUAAUGCUACUAUUUCUACUGUUAACCACCACCACCAACAACAACAACAACACUACAUAUUCAGAGCAGCUUACUUUCUGUCUACCAAUUUAGUUAUUGUCAUUUUAUUAAAAAAAAACAAAAUACUGGACACUCUUCCAUUUAUUUUUCCUUUGAAUUUUUAACAAGUUUUUUUUUUCUAACCUUCCCUGUUAGGUUUUUAAUUUUUCUUUUGUGUGUAUAGCUUCCCACUGUCUCCUUUAUGGUUGGCUAUUUACAGAAAGGACUGAAUCUGACAAAGACAAUGUGUCGAAACCUUUUAACCUCCCAGUUGUAACUCAUUCUUCACAAUUUAGAGAACAAAACCCUCUAACUUUUUAUAUGUUGCCAUUUACUGUAACAACAACAAUAGCAAACACAGCUCACACACACUCACACACACUCUUCAUAUCCACAUGUUAUAUAGCCAAACUCAUUUUAAUUUUUAUGAAUUAUUUUGUUCCCUACAUCCAUAUUUUGUACAUUAAGUCUUUUUUUUUUUUGUCUUAUGAUGCCAGUGAUUCACAUGUAAGUAAAUGUUGUUUUGCUGUUGUCUUUAAAAAAAGAAAAAAUCUCUGAAGUUUAAUUUUAGUUCCAUUUGUUUAGUGUGUAUGUUUGUGUGUGUGUUUAUGAACAAUUUAACUUAGUAGGCCCUUGUGAAGAAUUGUUCCUUCUACAAAAGAUUUUUUGAUUUAGGUUUUAGUGGAUCAGGAUAAUUCUAAGAAUGAAACGAACCGUCUCUCUCUUCUACCAGAAUAAGAUGAAUUUAUAUCUAUCUAUUCGUAAGAAAAUGAGAAUUCUACCAACUGAAAUCCUUCAUCAUAACACAGUAAAAUUUUAUUCUUUUUAUUCCAAGAACUGAUUUCACAGAUUUUAUUCAUUUGAGCUGAAAUGAAAUUACUUUGAUCUUCUACUGCUAUUCUCUACUCUGAACUAACCCCCUUAUAUAAGGGCGUCUGUAUGUACCACUAGCUGUGUGUGUGCGUGUGUAUGUAUGUUAGUGUACCACUUAAUGCUAAUAUUGAAAUAGCAAACACUUCUCCCAUUAUUCCAUUUAUUUGAAAUUAUCUUUUAGUUUCUUCAGUUUUGUGUUUAUAAGUAAUUUAACAGGGUAUCUUUUAUUCCGUUUUCUUUUGUUUGUUUCCUCUCUUUUGUAUCAAAAUAUUUAUAUCUCAGUAUUCCACCAAGAACAAAUUUUCAUCAGGUUGUGUUUCUAGAAUUUUGUUUAUUCAACAUAACAUUCUGAUACAUUUGUGUUAUUUAAACAUUAUCUUCAUUUAGUUUUUCUCCUUACAGAAUCACCUGGCUAAUAUUAGACAAUAGAAGGCAUUUAAUGGUAAACCUCUCCCCCUACUAAAGUAUAAAAUAUAAGGCAACAAUUCUUAUGCUUAAUGUUAGAUUGGGGGUUGUUUGUUUCCCUACUCUUAACAAGUUUUCUUCUGAUAAUUUUAUUGUAAUCUCAGUUAAUUAAGCUCUUUAGCCAAUGUAACCUGUUGUUUAGGUGAUCUUGUUAGCAUCAUACCUUGACAUCAUCAUCAUUAUUAUUAUUACAGUCUACCUGUGACUCUGGGAAUUGGUGUGUGUAAAGCAGGUUUAAUUGACAAACAUGCCUUCACCCACUGAAAUUUUAGUUACCUUUUUAUUAUUCCAGACAUAUCACAGCAAUUGCGAUGUUAGACAGCAAAUAGACAGGUGGAUGUCCUUCCUGCUACUCGUGAGCAAAUCCUGAAGUAGUUUUAAAUACACAUCAUAGCCAUUUAAUUUUUUUCUCUUCAAUGGUGUUAACAUAUAAAUUUGCUGCUAACAUAAUUGAAGUUAAUUUUCUACUCAUCCUUUGAAUGUAAAACUUAGGCAGUGGUAGCUUUUAUGUUCUGAUAUAAUAGCUGGAAAUAAAUUGUGCAUUCUGCCCAAUUUGUGUGUAAAUGUGUACAUAUAAGAAUAUUCCUACUGCGUACAGAGGUGCCAUUCAGUAAGGGCAUAGAAGGACAGUACAUUGCAUUUCAGAUUGCUGUGCAAAUGGGAUUUGUCUGUUUCUGAUGACUGUUUUAUUAAAAAUUUAGUGUUACAAGUAAUUAGGUGGUGUUGUAGAAAAUGGUCAACUCUGCUAACUUCCAUCCUUGUUUGGUUGUUAAUUCUAUCUACAUUUUCUGAGAGAGAAUGUGACUGAACCCUUUUAAAUAAGAAACAUUUAAUUUCCAACUCUUACAUCAGUUCUCUCUCUCUCUCUCUCCCCCCCCUCCUUUAAAAUUCCUAAGCUUCAACCAUUUUUAUACAAACCCCAGUUUAGAUAA